CCUCGGGAAGGAAGGGAUGGCGGGCGACACACGCGACUCGCGCGGCGGCGCGGGUGGCACACGCGACUCUCGCGGCGGCGCGGGCGACGCACGCGGUGGUGCGGGGGACUCGCGAGGUGCGGGUGCCGCAGGAGGCUUGUGCGGCGCAGGCGAUGCGCGGUGGCGGGUCUGGUUCGCACCGGAUCUCGUGACGGCGCGGCGGAUCUCGCUGGAUGACGGCGUGCUCUGGCUUCGCCGUGAGGCGCUGCGCAUCGUCCUCCUCGACGAUCGCGGGGAGACGGUGGAUGCGCGGUUUCUCCGGGAGGGUUUACAACAGGAAGAAGGGCUCAAGGAGCUGCGAAGCGGGGCGGAGAUGGUCAGGUCGAGCAUAGUGCGGCUGAUGAAAAUGUGCGAAGCGGUGAGGAGGCCAAUCGAGGGAGAAUGAUCGUGCAAGCUCGGCUUCGGAUGCUUUUGUUGGGUCAAGUUCUGGCUCUCGUGCUUUUGCCUCUUUGCUGGUGCCUAGUUGUAAUAGACUUUUAGGGGUUGGUGUUGAACUAUGGUGUUGUCAGGUUUUCGCCCCAUGGCGUUCGUUACGAUGACGAGCGAACGCAGUGGGUUUCCUGGCAGUGCUCGAACUCGCUGCACCUCUUUCCCUUUCCUCCUGUCGUUCUCGGAACUUUGUAUUUCCGUUCAUUUGCAAUGGAAAGGGGUCAUGCCCGGUUAGAAAAAAAGCGCAAAACAAAGAUGUUCUGCACUGUCAA